AUGAUAUACAAGAAAUUUCGUCAAUGGCAUAUAGUGGCUGUUCUUGCUACACUCUCAGCAGUAUUAUUUCAACUAAUUUCAAGCUUUAAAUAUCCUAUAAAUUUGACAAUUCAAGAUAAAGGUUUUUUAUCUAUUAUAGGAUAUGGGAAAAUGCAUGUUGAAGAUAAUAUAUUCAUGCCUUCAAACAAAAUUGAAGUAGUUUCAUCAACACCAUUUCUUCCGAAUAGUAUUCCUCAGACGAAAUACACAACAUCUCAAUUUGUAAGAGGCAAUAGCGAUGCUGGCUAUUGUCCCGGCCAUUAUAAUUUCGAUGAUACGAAAUUAUUGGAAUUGCAUGAUGUCGUUUUUACAACUGAAUGUGUGAUCAUCCAAAAAAAUGGUUACCACUUAUUUAAGCGUGCUUGCCAUCCAAGGUACUGGGGAAUUGGCCAACCAUAUCAUACGCCCGAUUUCGAAUAUCCAAUCUUUCAAAAAGCGAUAUGCGUUGGGCAUCAGCAUACAAGCGAUUGGGGACAUUGGAGUUUAGAAGCUUUACCCGCAAUUAUUGCCCUUCCUGAAGAAAUUUUGUAUACAUCCGUUAUUGUUGUACCAGUACUCAAUGAUUUUGUGGUUGAAAACUUGAGGGAAUUUGGUGUUGAUCCAGCACAGAUUUACGCAUCGCUUAAUGGCCGAGUUGGCGCAAAAGUUCUAUACACAGUUAAUUCAUUAUGGUGUGGAGACUUAAAUCGGAAACUCUUGUUGAAUAUGAGAAGAAUAGUUGCUGAAAAGUAUGAUUUGGAUAAGAUCAACCCUACUAGAUAUAUCAUAACUAACAGGAAAAAGAAUUAUUCAAGAUAUUUCGGAAACUUUGAAGAAUUGUUUGCAAAAUGCAAGGAAGAAUUCCCAACUAUUCCAUGGCAGCGCUUUCAAUACUUUGACACGUUUUCUGAACAGGUGAAAUACUUCAAUUCUAUUAAAUUUAUUUUUGCAAUACAUGGUUCGAUGCUUACUAACAUACUCUACAUGCAAGAAGACACAAUAGUUGUAGAGCUGCAGUUGGAAAACUGGUUGCUGUCAUUUAUUAAUAUUGCACAAAUGACGGGAAAGAUACAUAUUAGCGGAAGAGAUACUACAAUAGAUUUUAGAUCGCAUGAGCCGCAAACAGCGAAUAUACCUUAUUGUAUUAAAUUAAUCAAGGCAGGAUUGCAGAAAACACCUUUCUUGCCCGAUGGAACAAAAAUACAAUAA